UAAGUACGUAAGGUACCUGUUCGCAUAGACAUGACCGUACAUAGAUACCUGUACCUGGCAUAGACGUGCAGUCGAUCAACUGGGUCACCCAGCAGCCACAGGGAAAGUGCACAUUCAACAAGGAAACAUUGAAGUAAACAUCGCUCACCACCGCCUUCCCCGCAAAGAAAUUACUAUUUUUUAUACUUUUUUGACGCGUUUCAAGUUCAAUUGCGACUCUUAUCGCCGCCUACCAACAUUUUAUUUAUUAUCUUCACAUCGACACUUAAUUGAUUGAUUACUUUUCUUCCUCAAACUUGCAACGCCUUAAACAGGCGACAACCCUCCCCGUUGCCAUGCCACCAAAAGCACAAGCGCAGCGGCGCAUGACGCAGGCGCAAAAUGAACAAGUCUUCGAUGUCGGCGUGGUUGGAAGAAAAACAGGUAUAACAUUAGCAGAGCGUGAGCGCGACGCACACGGCUUCGAAGCCGUGGACUCCCUUUUUUCUUCACCCGAAAAGGACAUCAACAAUGUCAGCAUUAAUGGCGCUAACGGACGGCAUCAUGCUGAAUCCGACGAGGAGGAGGAGCAAGAGAUGGAAAUAGACGACGAAUCUCAGAUGGGUCCAGCUACUAUCCUGAAGCAGAGACAGUCUCGCCCAUCGCUACCUCGCGCUCGAUCCCCUAUCAAGACGCAUCUACAGUCUCCAGCUCGCCAAAAUCCCCAUAUUGGUCUUGCCUCCUCACCUGCUCGCGGUUCCAUCGUGCCUGCGCGCGAACCUAACCCUCCUAAAUCUGUAAAUCGCAAGCUGGAUUUCUCCAAAGCAUCUUCGAUCAAAAUAAACCCUACAUCGAAGGGGCAGCCAAAGGUUAAUGGGACGAAACCUAGAAAUGGGAAGCUAACCAACGGCCGUUCCCGUGCUAAUGAUUCAGACGAAGAAGACGAGCCCAGGCCACGAGGCAACCGUAAUCAACCACAGGAACAGGAAGUCGAGGAAGAGGAACCGGACGAGCCAAUGGAUGUUCUCGAUGCUGGAAUUGACGAGGUAGAAAAUGCAAAUGACGACCAAGAUGACCCACCUAUAGAACCCGAGCCGGAGUUCGAGGAAGAGCAAGAGGAAGAGGAACAGCCUAUUCCGCAACCAAAAUCCCCUGAGCAGCCUAAGAAACGCAGAGGCCGUAAGCCGAAAUCACUUAUUGUGCAAGAAGAUGAGGGAGAGCCAUCAGUCUCUAAAGCAGUACUAGCAAGAACUAAAGAUGUCAACGAUGCACUCGUAAAAAAGAAGCAACGAGGCUGGCCAGCGAGGGCUUCAUCACCAAUAGAAGAAAACGAGCCUCCCAGGAAAGCCCAAAAGCGAAGACCAGAAAGGCAGUCUGGCAGUAGUGUCGAGGAAGAACAAGAACAAGAGACAGAGGAGAAUGCUAGCGAGAGAAAGACAAAGCGCCAGCGAACCGAAGAGAAAGAGAGCAAAGCUACUUCGUCGAAACCAAUCGCAACAAAGGAAAAGGGCAAACCUGGUCGGAAGCGCAAAUCUUCUGGGGUUGGCAUCGAGGAACCUGUGGUCCAGCGUGGUCCUCCGCUCCCCAAGGGCCGUGGGUUAGUUGCUCUACGCCGGGAAGGCGAAGAUAGUAUGCGAAUUACACGAUCGGGUCGACACUCGUAUGGCCCCCUGAAAUGGUGGCAGGGGGAGCACGCCGUACGAAGCGGUGUGGAUGUGUUCGAAGACAAAGGUCAAAAGUUUGUAAUGCCCGUUAUUCAGGGUGUUGUACGAGCCGAAGAACCUAAAGACCAACCAACGAGGAAACGUCGCGGUCGCCCCUCGAAGCAACGCGGCAGACCUGGGCGCCGCGUGUCCGCCAUACCCGAGGAAGAGGAGAUCGAGCGUGAUGAUUGGGAGUUCGAUCCGGGCCGCAUCGCGGGCGAGUGCCUUUACUGGAGGCCAGAGUACGAGACGGAGCCCGCAGACGAAGACCAGCUUGAAGUUACAGAGGAAGAGCUUGCCAUUUCCGAAGCGGCCAUCCAGUUGAAAGAUAUCAAGGACGCGACAUUCCGGUUCGCCAAGACUCUUACGCUCCCCUUCUUCGGCUCGGGUGUCGUGGAUAUGCCGCCCGGCUCGGAGAAGCGCACGAAGAAUUCGCGGAAGAUGCAGAUGGUGUUUUUCGUGCAUAAGGGGAGUGUUGAUGUUACGGUUGCGCAAACGGAGUUUCGGAUUGGCAUGGGUGGUAUGUGGUUUGUACCGAGAGGAAAUCACUACAGUAUCACGAAUAAUACCGACAAACCUGCACGCAUCUUCUUCGCUCAGGGCUGCGAGGUUUUAGUGCAAGGCGAAGGGGGAGACGCCGAGGAGACGCAGAUGGGCUAGAUCAACCGUCUUGAGAGGUAAUUUAUAUAUCUAACUCCCUUGCAAAUGUGCAGGUCGUUAUGAAUCAAGGGAAACGGAAAGGAUGGUUCGGGUUCCGAAGCUGGGUCAAAGGAAAGCUUCAAGUGUAUGCGGUCUUCUUGGAAAGCAUGACAUUGUCGGUAUUGUCGUCACCAUCACUACAGACCUAACUAGUCUACUUUGUUUCUGCCUGUUAUAUAUUCUACAACACUACCACCUUAGGUACCUAGGUACCUAGGUAGGUAGGUACU